AUGCCUAUUCAGAUACCCGAGGCCGAAAGUCUCAUGGAUUUAUUCAACCUCAAAGGCAAAGUUGUCGUCGUCACGGGUGCAUCAGGACCAAGGGGCAUGGGCAUCGAGGCAGCUCGAGGGUGUGCAGAGAUGGGAGCAGACGUCGUAGUCACGUACUCUUCGCGCGCCGAAGGCGGAGAGAAGAACGCCCAAGACCUACAGGAGAGGUAUGGAGUCAAGUCCAAGGCGUUCAAGUGCAACGUUGGGGACUACGAUAAUGUCAUCAAGUUCGUCGAGGACGUCAUCAAGGAGUUUGGCAAGAUUGACGUCUUCAUCGCCAACGCAGGUCGCCCAGCCGACCGCGGUGUUCUGGACGGCUCCAAACAGAAGUGGGACGAGGUUAUUGCCACCGAUCUCAACGGUACCGCAUACUGUGCCAAAGCAGUUGGACAACACUUCAAGAGCGUGGUACCGGCAGCUUUAUUAUUACCGACUUCUUACAACGUCGCCAAGGCCGGCUGCAUCCAUAUGGCAAGGUCCUUGGCCAAUGAGUGGAGAGACUUUGCUCGUGUCAACAGCAUCUCGCCAGGAUACAUCGACACCGGCCUCUCGGACUUUGUUGACCAGAAGAUUCAGGACUUGUGGAAGUCAAUGAUUCCAAUGAACCGUGACGGAGAGGCCAAGGAAUUGAAGGGAGCAUACGUUUAUCUAGCCAGUGAUGCUAGUUCGUACACCACUGGGGCUGAUAUCGUCAUCGAUGGAGGCUAUUGCGUUCGAUAA